AUGGUUGAUCCAUUAGCGUCUACAAGUCAAACACAGCCCAGUAAGCCUUUUUCAGUGGAUAUUAGAGAUUUUUUUGAAAGGAUAAUGAGACCCCGGCAUCUAACAUCCUGGAAUCAAGUUGAAGAGGCCAUAGAUCUUUUGCAGAAAAUGACCUAUACACACUAUGUAGUUAGAGAAAGCAAAUUAAAUAAAGAAGAGCCUGGACUCCAUUACCACUAUGUUGUGUAUGUGUGCACUUUUGGCCACAAAAGAAAGCCUGAAGGUACUGGGCAAAGAGUUAAAGGAUCAAAAUUCACUGGCUGUAAAUCCAUGUUUAGAAUCAGAUACGAGCAUAACAGAUAUAUAAUACCGGCUUCUAAAACAGUGCACAACCAUCCGUGCGACAGGGAAUAUUUAACAAACGACCCUUGGUCCAGAAAGCUCAGCCAAGACCAGUUGCAAGUUUUAACCCCGAUGAUCACAGUUGUUUCAGAACCAAAUGAAAUAAUUAAAUAUGUUGAUGAAACCUUCAACAAAACCAUCACGUUCAACGAUUAUAAAAAUCUCCGACAUAAAGUUGCUAAAAGUAAGUUUUCUUAUAGUUAAAGAUUGUCAGGUUGUAGAAUUCAAAAGGAUGGUCUUACAAAGGUAGAUUGUUUGACAGCCCUAUGAAUGUCACGAUAAUGUCAGUCAAAUUUCCAGGUUAUGCUUUAUUAAAUCAUAUGUGUAAAUUGUAAAUGUAUAAGCGGUUUCUUGAGAUAAUUGUUAUCGAUUCCACAUAUACAAACAAAAAAGUAAAAGGAUCCCACUUGAUAACAAUUAUUUGUUCCAAUUAGUUAUUACAUAUAACAAUGGUCACGUAUACUAUAUCCUUAUAUGCAAUCUUUCUUUUAUAUAUUACCACCUCUGAAUUAACUACUUUUAUGAAUCCGGUAUCCAUCUUGUGUUAACGAGGUAUGGCAACUUGGACCAAUGCAUAUAUGUGCCUGGUCUUACGUUGUAGCUGACUAACUGACUGAUGGUCACGUAUAUUCAGUUACUGUUGCUCAAUCUAAACUUGAUAAAAACCUACGAAUAAAUCUAGACUCAUCAUGACAGAAGCAAUAACAAUUAAAGCAUUUCCAAUAUACUUUGUUGGAUGUCUAAACCAAGGAGUAUUAAUAACACAUCGUAGAUUAAACGUUUCUGUAGAAAAGUUGUUUUCUGCGGAAUAGGGUUUCUUAUACCAUACCCAACCCUCCUUCAUCGAGGUUACAGGCGAAGGUACAAGUCUUCUCUAAGAAACCUUGUUUGAAAUCUCACAACCAUUAAACAAUAUUGCGUUGGGAUUUUUGCAGUCAUUAACCAUAAUUUUCCUGUUGAUAAUUUCGGCAGCAUAUUCAACAUUUCCAUUAGGAACGAGUUACUAUUUAUGUUGUCUUCGAUGCAGAAUCUUUUCAAUCACCUCGACUGUUCCGGGAUUUGGCAACUUCAGUCAAUAUACAUACGUACCAAGUUUUACAUUAUAAACUAAGUGACUGGAUUAACACUCGUGACCAGGGGUCGUUUACCACUGUCGUAUAGGUAGUUUUCCUGUGUGUAGUAAGCUCAAAUGAGUUAUUCUCUUAGCUGAUUCCAAACGUAAGUAUAUAAAUAGUGUCGUUCGUCCUAACUUUCGGUAGUAUAGACACCAGCUUAUCGCACACAAAUAUAGCAUAAUAAUACCGAGAUUUAUGUUUUGUUUCAUUCACUUUGCUUUCUUUACUACAAAAAAUAUGGAAUUCAUCUGUUAACAAGUAUAUUUGGUAUAAGUUAAAUUCUUUUCUCAAGCUAAUACUUGGUUCACUAGUAUUUUCCUUCCCAUUUCAGAUAAUCAACAAAAAGAAACUAGAU